AUCAAGUCAAACAUUCUUGAGGCAGACUCGUAUUACUUGUCGUAUCGCUGGUGCUCACUUUGCUGUGGGGUGUAGGGCUGCUUUCAGAAGGGUGAUCUGUGGCCCUGUUUGAGUGAAUUUUGGCAGGUGUGCAGGAUGGCUCCAAACGAGACAGGGGAUGAACUUGUUUUCUUUGUGAAUGGUAAAAAGGUGGUGGAAAAAGAUGUGGACCCAGAAACAACUCUGCUAACCUAUCUACGAAGAAAAUUGGGCCUAUGUGGUACCAAACUAGGCUGUGGAGAAGGUGGAUGUGGUGCUUGCACUGUUAUGAUAUCCAAGUAUGAUCCCUUUCGGAAGAAAAUCCUCCACCACACUGCCAAUGCUUGCCUCUUCCCUGUCUGUGCCCUGCAUCAUGUAGCUGUAACUACUGUUGAAGGCAUAGGAAACACAAAAUCCAGGCUGCACCCAGCCCAGGAGAGAAUAGCAAAAAGUCAUGGGUCCCAGUGUGGCUUUUGCACUCCAGGCAUUGUCAUGUCCAUGUAUACAUUGCUUCGGAACAAACCCGAGCCCAAAAUGGAGGACAUAGAAGAUGCUUUCCAAGGGAACUUGUGUCGGUGUACAGGGUACAGACCUAUUCUGGAAGGAUACAGGACAUUUGCUAAAGACUUGAAUUGCUGUGGCAGAGUAGCCAAUGGCACUGGAUGCUGUCGUAGUGAGAGGGAAAAUAGCAUGAAUGGGGGCUGCUGUGGAGGAAAAGCCAACGGUCCAGGCUGCUGCAUGAAUGGAAAAGAAGACAAUGUGACAAUGGUGUCCUCCAGCCUGUUCAAUUCUUCUGAGUUCCAGCCGUUGGACCCUACACAGGAGCCAAUCUUCCCACCAGAGUUAAUGACUCAGAGUAACAAACAGCAGAAACAGCUGUGUUUCAAAGGCGAGCGUGUGAUGUGGAUCCAGCCUACAACUCUCAAGGAAUUGGUGGCUCUCAAAUCCCAGUACCCCAAUGCCAAGCUCGUUGUGGGGAAUACCGAAGUGGGUAUUGAGAUGAGGUUAAAGAACAUGUUGUAUCCAGUGAUAAUAGCGCCAGCAUGGAUCUCUGAAAUGAAUGCUGUUCAGCACACUGAAACAGGGGUCACCUUCGGCGCUGCCUGUACCCUGAGCUCAGUAGAGGAGGUGCUGAGAAAAGUGGUGGCAGAGCUUCCUCCUUACAAAACAGAGGUCUUCCAGGCUGUCCUUGAACAGCUGCGGUGGUUUGCAGGGCCACAGAUCAGGAAUGUUGCCGCUCUUGGUGGGAACAUAAUGACAGCAAGCCCAAUUUCUGACUUAAAUCCUGUGCUAAUGGCAAGUGGAAGCAAACUGACUUUGGUAUCAAAUGAGGGCAAAAGGACUAUCAUGAUGGAUGAGAAGUUUUUCACCGGAUACAGAAAGACAAUAGUUAAGCCUGAAGAAAUACUUCUCUCUGUUGAAAUACCCUACAGCAAGAAGGGUGAAUACUUCUCAGCUUUCAAGCAGGCUUCCCGUCGGGAGGAUGACAUUGCUAUUGUGACCUGUGGGAUGAGAGUCCUGUUCCAAGAUGGCACUAGCCGAGUGGAGGAGAUAAAACUAAGCUAUGGAGGAAUGGCUCCUACGACUGUCCUGGCGCUAAAAACUUGCCAGGAGCUCACCGGCAGAGACUGGAAUGAGAAGCUGCUGCAGGAUGCCUGCCGCUUACUGGCAGGUGAGAUGGAUCUGUCUCCUUCUGCGCCUGGUGGGAUGGUGGAUUUCCGACGCACGCUUACACUCAGCUUCUUCUUCAAGUUCUACCUGACGGUCCUUCAGAAACUGAGCAAGAACCACAAUGGCACUAACAAUCUGUGUGAGCCCGUCCCUUCGAACUACAUCAGUGCUACAGAGCUGUUUCACAAAGAUCCCAUUGCAAAUGCCCAGCUCUUCCAAGAAGUGCCCAGGGGGCAGGCAGUUGAAGAUAUGGUGGGCCGGCCUUUGAUGCAUGUUUCAGCAGCCAAACAAGCAUGUGGAGAAGCUGUUUACUGCGAUGACAUCCCUCACUAUGACAAUGAGCUGUAUCUAACACUGGUGACCAGCACCAAAGCCCAUGCUAAGAUCCUUUCUGUAGAUGCCUCUGAAGCCCAGAGUGUUCCUGGGUUUGUGUGUUUUGUCUCCGCCAAGGAUGUUCCUGGCAGUAACAUCACUGGCAUCGCUAAUGAUGAGACCGUCUUUGCUGAGGAUGUGGUCACUUGUGUUGGUCAUAUCAUCGGUGCAGUUCUUGCAGACACACAAGAACAUUCCAGAAGAGCGGCUAAAGCUGUGAAGAUUAAGUAUGAAGAGCUCAAACCUAUUGUCACAAUUCAGGAAGCUAUUGAGAAACAAUCCUUUCUUAAGUCUAUAAAGAGGAUUAAUAAGGGAGAUGUGAAGAAAGGAUUUGAAGAAUCUGAUCACGUUUUGGAAGGAGAGAUGUACCUUGGUGGGCAGGAGCAUUUCUAUCUGGAAACUCACUGUACUGUGGCUGUGCCAAAGGGGGAAGAUGGUGAGAUAGAACUCUUUGUGUCGACCCAAAACCUAAUGAAGACACAGGAGUUUGCUGCUAAUGCAUUGGGAGUCCCUUCAAAUCGGGUUGUGGUUCGAUUGAAAAGAAUGGGAGGAGGAUUUGGAGGAAAAGAGACUAGGAAUACUAUUUUGACAACUGCAGUGGCUGUCGCAGCCUUCAAAACUGGCCGCCCAGUAAGGUGCAUGCUGGAUCGAGAUGAGGACAUGCUGAUAAGUGGUGGGAGACAUCCCUUCCUGGGGAGGUACAAGGUUGGUUUCAUGAAGAAUGGGAAAGUCAAGAGUCUGGAGGUGUCAUACUACAGCAAUGGGGGCAACUCUGUAGACCUCUCUUACGGUGUUAUAGACAGAGCCCUGUUACAUUUGGAUAACUCCUACAACAUUCCCAAUGUCAGCAGCGUGGGCAUUGUUUGCAAGACCAACUUGCCUUCCAACACAGCCUUCCGUGGCUUUGGAGGGCCCCAAGGAAUGAUGAUUGCUGAGUGCUGGAUGAGUGACCUUGCUCGGAAGUGUGGCCUGCCACCUGAGGAGGUGCGGAGGCUCAAUCUUUAUAAUGAAGGAGACCUGACUCAUUUUAACCAAAAGCUGGAGGGAUUUACUCUACAAAGAUGCUGGGAUGAAUGUUUGUCAAGCUCUAGCUAUCAUGCCAGGAAGAAACUAAUUGAAGAAUUCAACAAGCAGAAUCGCUGGAAGAAGAGAGGGAUGUGCGUCAUUCCUACCAAAUUUGGCAUCAGUUUCACUAUCCCAUUUCUGAACCAGGCUGGAGCUCUGAUCCAUGUGUAUACAGAUGGCUCUGUAUUACUUACACAUGGGGGGACUGAGAUGGGUCAAGGACUUCACACCAAAAUGAUUCAGGUUGCUAGCAGGUCACUGGGAAUCCCCACCUCCAAAAUUUACAUCAGUGAGACCAGCACAAACACUGUCCCAAAUACCUCCCCGACAGCCGCAUCUGUCAGUGCGGACAUCAAUGGAAUGGCUGUCCAUAACGCGUGUCAGACUAUCGUAAAAAGACUUGAGCCGAUCAAGCAGUCUAAUCCCAAAGGAUCCUGGGAAGACUGGAUUAAAGCUGCCUAUGAGAACUGUGUUAGCCUGUCGGCCACUGGGUUUUAUAGAAUUCCUGACCUUGGCUACGACUUUGAAAAGAACGAAGGGAAACCAUUCUGCUACUUCAGUUAUGGUGUUGCUUGCUCUGAGGUUGAGAUAGAUUGCCUAACAGGUGACCACAAGAACAUUCGCACAGACAUUGUUAUGGAUGUUGGUACCAGUCUGAACCCAGCCAUAGAUAUAGGACAGAUAGAAGGAGCAUUUGUCCAAGGCCUUGGGCUCUUCACCAUGGAGGAGCUGCGCUAUUCUCCUGAAGGGAACUUGUACACUCGAGGGCCUGGGAUGUACAAAAUCCCAGCGUUCGGAGACAUCCCAACAGAAUUUUAUGUGUCUCUUCUCCGUGACUGUCCAAACAGCAAGGCAGUUUAUUCAUCCAAGGCUGUGGGAGAGCCACCUCUGUUCCUGUCUGCCUCAGUGUUUUAUGCAAUUAAAGAUGCCAUCUACUCAGCAAGGAAGGACUCUGGCCUGACUGGACUGUUCAGGCUGGACAGCCCUGCCACCCCAGAGAGGAUCCGCAAUGCUUGUGUGGACAUCUUCACCAAAAUGUGCCCUUCUGCUGAGCCGGGGACCUUUAAGCCGUGGUCUGUGCGUGUGUAAAAGGGAAGUUUGAGGAGCAAACUCUCCUCAUGAAACUGAGCUUACACCGGAGGUACCACAAGGAAGUAGGACUAUAAUGGAAAAAAAAAAAUCUGUGUUCAUGUGGCUCAUCCACUGAUUCAUGGAGCUUUCACAUUUAAUUGUCCAAUCAUUGUUUUCUCUGAGAGGGAAUUGCUGCCAGAUUAUAGCUGUGAAGUAAAUUCAAAUGAAGAGUAAGUGGAAGGUGAUGUUAUCCAGGUGUAAUUGAAAAAUCUUACAGGUUUCAUUUAAAAUUGCUGCAAGGGUGGGAGACAUGCUUAUUACCAGCCAAUGUGAAAUGGCAGGGUGGUUGUUUUUCUUCGACUAUGGGGAAAAGAUGGAUCACCUUGUGAUGCUAUGCCAAGAAGGACUUAAAUGCAUUGAACCCAGACAAACAGUCCUCUAGCUGAGAUGGGGGAAGGCAUGAGAGGCACUGAGGGCUGGACCCUGUUGUGUCCCCUCUGCACACAAAGCCAAAUAUACACUAGAGGAAGAUGAGGAGCUUUGAUGUUAGCUAACAAAGAUGGUCUUACCUAUGUAACAAAAGUGGUUCAGAGGAAAACCCUAAAAUGUGACCAAUAGCUGAUUUAUCCUAAGUUAAAUGACAAUUGCUUCGUCUGCACCGGGGCUUUAAUGAAUUCUUAGUUCACGUGCUACCUUGUCUUCUCUGAUUAAAGAUAAAAAUUAGAGAUACCGAGAGGACUUCCAGCAAGAUGCUGCUUCAUUUGACACAGCCUUUUCCCACCCCACACCUCCACAUCUUUCCCCAUCUUUUAAAUAGGAAAGGACAUCAGAGACCUUGGAGUAACUGAGAAAGUUACUCAUCGUUGUUCCCAAGGCAAUUUAUACCAGCCCAGGCAAGGGACAGGAGGAGGAUGGACACAGCUGGGGAUUAGCUGUCUCUGGGUGCCCUCUAGGGUCAAUCCCUUGCUGUCAUGCUCUGGCCUUGCCUUCUUUUCAAGACAACUCUUAGUUUUGCUGAAUGUAAGGGAAUGGGUACAUUUUGCUACGGGGACUGCAUGUCUGAAAAAUGUGCUGACUGUGUGAUGACUUCAUGCCUUCUGGGUUGAAUGCAUUUUUCGUGUUGGAUUUAACAGCAGGCAUCCCUCUUCACAGGUUUUGUCACUGUCAGAUUUAACACUGUAGCGUCAUGUUAUCUCUAGAUGAUGUCAGCCAUGUACUGUACCUGCUCAUCAUGUGCAAACUUUUAUCCGUUUCUCUGGCCCACAGCUUUAUGAAAAUGUCCUUUUUUUUUUAUUUUUGCACUCCUAGGGCCAUCAAAAAAAUAUGGUGCAAGAGGAUGUAACUCCAUUGCCUUAUAUAAAAUUUUGCUCACGUACAAACUGCUUAAAAUUGGCCUCCAUCUUAGGACUUAACGAUGUAUGCACAGUUUGAAGUAUUUUUUUGAAGCACUCCAGGGUAUAUAGCUUAGAAAUGUGUAGAUUUAUUUCUCAGCUUAAAAUAUUAUGGUUCUACCAUCUAGAAGAAGGGCAUUUGUAUAUGUGAGUUGCAGAAAGUAUUUUGUGUCUGAUGGGCUUGCUAUGUAAUUGUUUUAUUAAUUGAAAUAUGAUAUUGGUGUUCCUUAAGCUCUGAGGUAUUGGGCAAGAACACAUUUUUGUUUUCUCCUGAAAGUUGGCAAUAUGUAAAAAAACUCUUAGAGAAGAAAAUGUGAUCACUUGUGUGCAAGAAUAGCUAUCGGAGCCUGUGUAUUCAUGUUCUUGGAUGUCCAGGAAGGGAUGCAAAAUACAAAGUCUGUAAGGUAGAUUGGUAUCGGCACUGUUUCUGCAGCAUCCACCUCAUGGAAUCGCUGGACAUGGUCAUUCAGGCCAGGCCGAGAAGAAGUACAAAGGGAACGUAAUGUGUGCUAAUGCAGAACACGGGGAGCUACAGGCAAGGAGUGUGAUAUCGAGGAGCUUCCAGUGUCACCUCAGGGGAAAGCCACCAGUGUUCACGGGAGGCCUGCUCCCUGUGAGGGUCCUGGGACAUGACGGGAUGUCACUAGCAGGAUGAGUCAGUGCUCUUUAUCCCCUGUGGGUCUGGGAUCACCUUUUUCAUCAUUUCAGAAUGGGUUUGCGGUGUCUCGCAUAGCCACAGUACUGCCUGGUCGGGUGAAAUUUUUUAAAUUAGAUGUAUCAAGUCUCUCUUUUAUUUGCUUUGUGCUUUAAUUUGAAGUGUAUUUGCCAAGUUAUUUGUACAGGCAAUGGUCAGAGCAGGCUAGUUCAGUGCCGACCUUAGCCUGUGGAGCCAUUUUUGCUGCAGCAUCAGUGAGCCGCUGUUUCCCAGGCACUAGUCCUUGCCCUCAAGCCCACCCCAGCUCAGGGCCCUCUUAUUACCCUUCCACAGCCACUAACUGAUGGAAGGGGGAAACACCUUCCUUUUGGGGUGCACUGGAAUUGAAUGUAAAUGAUAUCAAACACCUGGGGGGGGUGGGCAAUGGUAUAAUAUCAGGGUUGCAAAGUAAUUACAGAAACUGGUUUUGAGGGUGUAGGAAAAAGGGAAGCUUGGAGACUAAUAGGAAUUUACAGAAAGAUCAAGGUAAUACCUGGCUGGGCUGUGGGUGAGACAGGGACCCUAAGGAACGUGAAGCUGAGAUUUUCAUUUCACCUCUCAGCGUCUUAACAUUUCAUACGUUGCUUUCCCAUGGACCUAAGCGCCAGGCACCUUAGGGAAGAACUGGGACCUGCUGUGGAGGGCUGGUAGGAAGAGAUGAUACUGCUACAGGAUAGCCCUACUUAAAAUGUGGUCUGCACUACAAAGCUGUCUGAGAACAGCUCUCCUGUUGUGAGUGCACAGCACUGUCCUCUGCUAGGUGCUGUGUCAGAUCUCUUCAUGCACAUCUCGCUGCAUGGGAUUUCAGCUUGCAAUUGCUGAAGGGAAAGCUACUUAUGAAGUGAAAAAUGUUCCUUUCCUAGUACUCUUCAGUGAAAUACAGCAUGGAAGCAUGACUCUAAUAUUAUGUAUAAUUGGAAAUUUGCUGCUUCUCUCCUUCCAGAACUGUAUCCUCAGAAGAGGAACUACACCAUCUUGCUAGACUGUAAAGUAUUACGCACAAUAACGGCAUUUAAAUAAUAAUUGCUGUAGCUGGAUAGUUUGUGGGAGGGUGAAAGGAGGCCAUCUGAUCUGAUGUCUUAAUGCUAUUAAUCGCAUGUCCCUCGAUGAGAGAGGGAGGCCAAGUUUUCGGUAAUUGUUGAUUAGAACUGACCUAAAACAGCUUUCACUAUCGUUCUUUAAUGAGCAUUGUCAAAUUGGUGUCCUUGUCACAUGAAUGUAUGCGGAAUUCUCUGUGAAUGUCACAACAAUGCAAAAUAAAGCUAAAAAAUAUUC